GGUAAUGGCGACGCAAUUGGGGUCUGAGUCCCCUUGUAAGGGGGCAAGACGAAAGAGCCGUAAUGGGAAUAUAAUCACAAAUAUCAGACAGAGCCAGAUCACAGGACAAGGAUUUAGUCGAGGGACUCAGCUCCCCGAGGCUCUGCUGCAGGAGAGAGACAAGCUGGCCAAAUGGCACGGUAUCCCAGUGCUCCUGCAGGGCCUGUAUGAGAGUAGCCACCUCAACAGCGACUUCACACACACGCGCAGCGUGCUCAAGGAGUUGUCUUCCCUGCUGUCCAUGGAGGCCAUGUCUUUUGUGACGGAAGACAGAAAGACGGUUCAGGAGUCCUCCUUCCCCAACACGUACACCUUCGACUUGUUCGGUGGAGUAGAUCUGCUGGUGGAAAUUCUGAUGCGACCCACCCUCACCGCGCUGAAGAAGAAGCCCAAGAUGAAUGAUGACCUGGUGAAAGAUUGCCUUAGUGUUCUUUACAACUGCUGUAUCUGUACGGAAGGGGUGACCAAAAGCCUGGCGGCGCGGGACGACUUUGUGCUGUUCCUCUUCACCCUGAUGACCAAUAGGAAGACAUUUCUACAGACUGCCACCCUCAUUGAGGACAUACUCGGUGUCAAAAAGGAGAUGAUCCAGUUGGAGGACAUCCCCAACCUGUGUGGCCUGGUCCAGAGCUUCGACCAGCAGCAGCUGGCCAACUUCUGCCGCAUCCUCUCGGUCACCAUCUCUGAGCCGGACCUCGGCAACGAUGACAAGCACACGCUACUGGCCAAGAACGCCCAGCAGAAACGCAACGCCAGCCCGUCUAGCGCUGAGCUGAACCAGGUGACACUGCUGAACAUCCCCGGCUUCAUCGAGCGGCUGUGCAAGCUGGCCACGCGGAAGGUGUCGGAGGCCCCGGGGGCGUCCAGUUUCCUGCGGGAGCUGGAGGACUGGUACAGCUGGCUGGACAAUGUGAUGGUGCUGGACGCCUUCAUGCUCAUGGCCACCGAUGAGGCCGAGCUCUCCAGCACAGAGUCCUCGGACGAUGGCAGUCUGGUCGCCAGCCCCCUGCGGCACCGCUUGCCCCAGUCCAUGAAGACGGUGCAUGAGAUCAUGUACAAGGUGGAGGUGCUCUACGUCCUGUGUGUGCUGCUGAUGGGACGACAGAGGAACAUGGUGCACAAAAUGCUGGCCGAGUUCCGUCUCAUUCCGGGACUCAACAACCUGUUCGACAAACUCAUCUGGAAGUACCCGCCCACCAAUCAUGUGGUACAUGGGCAGAACGAGAACUGCGACUGCAGCCCGGAGAUCUCCUUUAAGAUUCAGUUCCUCAGGCUCCUGCAGAGCUUCAGCGACCACCACGAAAACAAAUAUCUGCUGCUGAACAGCCAGGAGCUGAAUGAACUGAGUGCCAUCUCUCUGAAGGCAAACAUUCCUGAGGUGGAGGCCCUGGUCAACACAGACAGGAGUCUAGUGUGUGAUGGCAAGAAAGGCCUCCUCACCCGUCUGCUCACGGUCAUGAAGAGAGAGCCACCUGACUCCUCCUUCAGGUUUUGGCAGGCGAGAGCCGUGGAGAGUUUCCUGAGGGGAGCUACUUCCUACGCCGACCAGAUGUUCCUGCUCAAGAGAGGCCUGCUGGAGCACAUCCUGUUCUGCAUUAUUGACAGUGGCUGUAAGUCCAGGGACGUGUUGCAGAGCUACUUCGACCUGCUGGGGGAGCUCAUGAAGUUCAACAUCGACGCCUUCAAGCGCUUCAACAACUACGUCAACACAGACGAGAAGUUCCAGAUGUUUUUGACCCAGAUCAACAGCUCUCUGGUGGACUCCAACAUGCUGGUGCGGUGCAUUGUGCUUUCUCUGGACCGCUUCGAGAGCCAGACGGGGGAUGUGAAAGUGGUGGAGGUGCUCUCCGAGUGCGCUCUCCUUUCCUACAUGGCCAGGGUGGAGAACCGGCUGUCCUUCCUCUUCCGACUGGUCAACAUCAUCAAUGUGCAGACGCUCACACAGGAGAACGUGAGCUGCCUGAACACCAGCCUGGUGAUCCUGAUGCUGGCGCGGCGGCGGGCCAAGCUGCCCUUCUACCUGGGCGCGCUGCGGGAGAAGGAGUACGCCGAGAAGUACCCCGGCUGCCUGCUCAACAACUUCCACAACCUGCUGCGCUUCUGGCAGCACCACUACCUCAACAAGGACAAGGACAGCACCUGUCUGGAGAAUAGCUCCUGCAUUCCCUUCAGCUUCUGGAAGGAGACUGUGUCUGUGCUCUUAGAGCAGGAUAGGACUUCUCCCUGUGCCAUAGCCAGCUACAUCGACGAGCCUUACAUGGACCUAGACCAGGACCUGCUAGAGGAUUAACACAUCACAGUCAUCACACAAUGACAGACAGACAGACACAGACAGACCCGGGUGGGGGGGUUGUUUGUGAUGGGGGUACAGGGGAACGGCGAGAGAGAGGACGGUGGAGCAACUGCGCCGUCAGGGCGCCACCUCCCUCUGUCCUCUGCCUCCUCUCCUCUGGGCUGCCUGGACUGGACGGGAAGGCGCCCCCCCCCCUCCGAGCCCCCCCGAGGGAGGCAGCACCUGAGCCCAUCCUGUCCCCCACUACAGAGCCCCCUCCACUGGGCAUGCUGAUGCACGGCUGGGGCGUGGAGGCCACCAGCACCACACCUACCCACAGGAAGAUUGGAGGGGGCUGCCCCCCCAAACCCCCCCCCCCCACCAGCACCACCUGGCCCUUGCCAGCCAUCUCAAAACCAGUGGCCACUCAUUCAUCACACCAGUUCCUCAGUAGGCAUGUGGAGUCUCUGCAGCGGCAGUCUGGCCUGGCCUUCUGCUGUGCUAUAAGUGGUUUGCUCUUGGUGAAAAUCAUAAGAAGCCUUUUUAUAUAAUACAUAAAUUAUCUAUACAAAUAAAGUAUACAGAUAAGGUCUGAUGCAGUACAUGGGCUAGUUUAAAAAAAAAAAAAGGACAAAUGGGGUUGGGGUGGGCGGGUGUUUUCUGUUCUUCGAUGUUCCCCCGCAUAUAGAGUCUCAGAUGCAUGUAGAGGUUCCUUGUGUGUGUGUGUGUGUGUGUGUGUGUGUAUGUGUGUGUGUGUGUGUCUGAUUUGUCCAUCACAAUCAGAGACCAGGUGUGGAACAUGCCUCAAGAGGAGCUAUCCAAUCUGGGCUCAUGCUCUCUCCAGCCGUGUGUGUGUGUGUGUGAUGUGUGACAAUCAUUGAUGAGGUGUGGAGUACAAACAUCUGGUGCUUUUUCCUUAUUGCCAUGGCCAUUGUAGUGUCUGGGUGGUUUCUACGGUAACAGACAGUAGUGGCUUCUCAGCUGUCACACAGCCCAACUCCUGAGUCUUGUAACUUAACACUCCCCCAGGUCCUAUGUUUGAUCAUUUCAUCCUGAAAUGUAUUAGUCAUUAGCUUUGCGAUUUUUAGUAUAUUUUGAUACAUUGUUUAGAUUUUUUUUGGUGCCACAAGAAUCCUCUUGUUCCCCUAAACGUAUCUUUCAUGGCUCAUAUUGAGGUUAUUAUGCAACUCCUCAGUUUUAACGACACACACACACACACACUCUUGUUUGAGUCCACAGAUUACAGAUUCCUCCUCAGACUGUGUCGUAGACAAUCUGACUCUGUGUCAGCUGAUUGGCUGAUUAGAAGACUCCUUUGCUCCAGACACGGUUCCCUUAGCAGACUGCCCACUUUCUUUUCUUUUUUCUUUUGAUGAUGUUGAAUACUUGGGGUUGAAAAGGAAGAAAUGUAAACUACCUCGUUAUUUUGUUGUUGCUGUUGUUGUUCCUCCUUUUCUCUCUCUCUCUCUCUCUCUCUCUCUCGGCUCACUUUAGCUGUGUUCAUACACAUGGGGCUUAUGUUGUUAUGCACCUGUUGUUUUGUGCGUGUGUGCUUUAUUUCACCUUGGUGCUUUACUGACGCUAUGGAACAGUAGUUUCAGGUCAUCCCUCACUUUAUUCACAUCUUUCCCUGCUCCCAUCCCUGUAGUGUGUGUGUGUGUGUGUCUGUCCGUGUGUCUGCUCCCAUCCCUGUAGUGUGUGUGUGUGUGUGUGUGUGUGUGUGUGUGUGUCUGUCUGUCUGUCUGUCUGUGUGUCUGCUCCCAUCCCUGAAGUGUGUGUGUUUGUGUCUGUGUGUUUGUGUGUGUCUCUGUUUCUGCUCCCAUCACUGAAUGUGUGUGUGUGUGUGUGUGCGUGCGUGUGUGUUCCUCACUGUGAUUGGUCACUCAGCGGAUGUUAUCCUUUGGGUGUCUUCACCCAGGCAGCACUUUUUCCACUUCUGCAGUUUUUUUUUUUUUUAAAUGUUGCGUCACAUUGUUCUGCACGUUAAUGCAAUCGGUCACUUCACUUGGUUGUUGCAUUUGUAAAGGUUGACGUUGAAGAGAAUCACAGAGCCUUGUGUGCCUGCUGGUGUCCAUUCACCGCUCGUUGUGUGGGUAGUUGAAGGUCACCGCUAGUGGUUUGUAGAGGAUUGGUUACUAUGCCAGCUGCUUGGUCUGGAUGUUUGUGGAGAAUUCUCAUCAACUGCUAUUCUGUGCGCCCCUCUUCCUGUCGCCAUAAGAUGCUUAUUUUUGUGUUUUGCCAAGCAUUCUUAAUAAUUUUUUUUUUUUUUUUUUGUAAGUUUCGUAAUUUUAGUGAACAUUUUAGCGGACACAUGUACGAUUCUUGUGUAUUGCCUCUGUUGGCUGAGGUGCUUUCUGCUCUCAUCUGUACAUUUUAAAAUGGUCUUUUUAGUUGAUAAUUUGGGGGGAUUUCAGUGUCGCCCCUUAGCUGCUAAUCAUGGUUAAAUGAAUGGUUAAAAUUGAAUGUCAAUCCCCAUUUUGUGUCGCAUCAGACUCCCUCAUUGGUAACAAAGAUGUGUGUAUUAUUUUGGGUUUUGCCAGAAAUUUAAAUCGCUUUAAAUCUACUAUAAUAAUAUAACUCUGAAGGAUUGGUGACGAGCUUAUGGUUCCCUACAUUCCUGUGCUUUCUGUGAUUCAGUGCUUUAGAUGGGUUUUUUUCCCUAUACAUUGCCCUGACAAAAUGGAAUGAAUGCCUGAAGCAAAGAUUUGUAGAAUGCUCUGGAAUAUUAUGAAACAUUGUGCCCUCAGCAAAAUGACAGCAUUGUUGUAAGCGUAAAAGCCUACAGAAGCUGCGGUUCUAAACAAGCAUCACACCGACCAUAAGUCCUGGGCCAGCUGGUGCCUUCAUGGCCAUAAGUAUGUUGACCAGGUAACUGCAUACAGAAAACAGUCUGCAUCUAGCAGGCAUAAUGCUACUCAUCCACUGUUGUCAAUCCGGUUCAAUAUGUGUACUUAUUGCAUCCCAAGAGGACAUGUUCGGGGUGUUUUGUUUCUUUAGGGAUGACAACAGCAGGUACUCGUCUGUUUUGAUGGGAUGUGGAUCCUCUCUGACCUGUUUGCAUGUGCACAGAACAAAGUAUAUAUCACAGACCUGCAUUACAACAUGCUGGUAAGGCUUUGCCUAAUCGUGUGAGUGUGUGUGUGUGUAUGCGUGUUUUUGUUUCCUUUUCCCUACAACCGAAGUAAUCAUUUUUAAAAUGGUGGCUGUUCUUUUAGACUUUCCUCCCUUGCUGCUAAAUACAGUUAAGAAUCCCCACUGCUUUUGUUUGGGGAUGAGCCCAUGGAAAUUGAAGAAUUUAAUGUGGUCUGCACACCGACAAGCGCGAGCAGUGUGUUUUCUCAUCAACAGACCCCCCCCAUCCCCCGUCUUUUGUUUCCCCCCAUCUUGGUUUUGAUUUUUGGUUAACCUCUGUAUAAUAUUGUAAAUGUAAUGUAAGAAUGGAAAAUCACAAUAAAUUUUCACAAACAUUAAAA